CCCCAGCGUCGGCUCCCGGGCGGGCGGCGCGCGGGCCCUCCCACUCUCCCCCGCGCCGCCUCACGGCCCCGGCCCUCGCUUCACCCCGACGCCCCGAGUGCUCGUCCUCUCGCCCGCCCGCCCGCCGAUCCCGGGGCCUCCGCCCGCUUCCCGGCUGCUUCUCCUUCGCCGCCCCGCUCGCGUUCACGCUGCCUCCCGGGCCGGCGCGGCCGCGGGCCACCGCUCCCCUCCCCGCGCCCACCCCGCCCCCUCCCCGCCUUUUCCGCCCUGCCGUCCCCCUGCCCCGGCCCGCAGCCGCCGCUCCAGAUGAGGUGAUGGCAGCGGCCAACUUCGGCAAGAUCCAGAUCGGGAUUUACGUGGAGAUCAAGCGCAGUGAUGGCCGAAUACACCAAGCAAUGGUAACAUCUUUAAAUGAAGACAAUGAAAGUGUAACUGUUGAAUGGAUAGAAAAUGGAGAUACAAAAGGCAAAGAGAUUGACCUGGAAAGCAUUUUUUCACUUAACCCUGACCUGGUACCUGAUGAAGAAAUUGAACCCAGUCCAGAAAUACCUCCACCUCCAACAUCCUCAGCAAAAGUAAACAAAAUUGUAAAGAAUCGACGGACUGUGGCCACAGUUAAGAAUGAUCCUCCUCCAAGAGAUAAUAGAGUGGUUGGUUCUGCACGUGCACGGCCUAGUCAGCUUCCUGAACAGUCUUCCUCUGCACAACAGAAUGGUAGUGUUUCAGAUAUAUCUCCAGUUCAAGCUGCAAAAAAGGAAUUUGGACCCCCUUCCCGUAGAAAAUCUAACUGUGUGAAAGAAGUAGAAAAAUUACAAGAAAAACGUGAAAAACGGAGACUACAACAGCAAGAACUUAGAGAAAAAAGAGCCCAGGAUGUUGAUGCUACAAACCCGAAUUAUGAAAUUAUGUGUAUGAUCAGAGACUUUAGAGGAAGUUUGGAUUAUAGACCAUUAACGACUGCAGAUCCAAUUGAUGAACAUAGAAUAUGUGUUUGUGUAAGAAAACGACCACUCAAUAAAAAAGAAACUCAAAUGAAAGAUCUUGAUGUGAUCACAAUCCCUAGUAAAGAUGUUGUGAUGGUACAUGAACCUAAACAAAAAGUAGAUUUAACAAGGUACUUAGAAAACCAAACAUUUCGUUUUGAUUACGCCUUUGAUGACUCAGCUCCUAAUGAGAUGGUUUACAGGUUUACCGCUAGGCCAUUAGUGGAAACUAUAUUUGAAAGAGGAAUGGCUACAUGCUUUGCCUAUGGGCAGACUGGAAGUGGAAAAACGCAUACUAUGGGUGGUGACUUUUCAGGAAAGAAUCAGGAUUGUUCUAAAGGAAUUUAUGCAUUAGCAGCUCGAGAUGUCUUUUUAAUGAUAAAGAAGCCAAAUUAUAAGAAACUAGAACUUCAAGUAUAUGCAACCUUCUUUGAAAUCUAUAGUGGAAAGGUAUUUGACUUGCUAAAUAGGAAAACAAAAUUAAGAGUACUAGAAGAUGGAAAACAGCAGGUUCAAGUGGUGGGAUUACAAGAACGAGAGGUCAAAUGUGUGGAAGAUGUCCUGAAACUUAUUGACAUAGGCAACAGUUGCAGAACAUCUGGUCAAACAUCUGCAAAUGCACAUUCAUCUCGGAGCCAUGCAGUGUUUCAGAUUAUUCUCAGAAGAAAAGGAAAACUGCAUGGCAAGUUUUCUCUCAUUGAUUUGGCUGGAAAUGAAAGAGGAGCUGAUACUUCCAGUGCAGACAGGCAAACGAGGCUUGAAGGUGCUGAAAUUAAUAAAAGCCUUUUAGCACUCAAGGAGUGCAUCAGAGCCUUAGGUAGAAAUAAACCUCAUACUCCUUUCCGAGCAAGUAAGCUCACUCAGGUGUUAAGGGAUUCAUUCAUAGGUGAAAACUCACGUACCUGCAUGAUCGCCACAAUCUCUCCAGGAAUGGCAUCCUGUGAAAAUACACUUAAUACAUUAAGAUAUGCAAACAGAGUAAAGGAGUUUGGAAUUAGUCCUUCAGACAUUCCCUUCUCCCAGGGUAGUGGCAAUCGCCCUGAUCUAUCUCCUUCUUAUGAAUAUGACGACUUUUCUCCUUCGAUUACCAGGGUCAAAGAACUGACAGUAGAUCCAUCUGCUGCUGGUGAUGUCCGUCCCAUUAUGCACCAUCCACCAAACCAGAUUGAUGACUUAGAGACACAGUGGGGUGUGGGGAGCUCCCCUCAGAGGGAUGAUCUAAAACUUCUUUGUGAACAAAAUGAAGAAGAAGUUUCUCCACAACUGUUUACUUUCCAUGAAGCUGUGUCCCAAAUGGUAGAAAUGGAAGAACAGGUGGUAGAAGAUCACAGGGCAGUGUUCCAAGAAUCAAUUCGUUGGUUAGAGGAUGAAAAGGCUCUUCUAGAGAUGACUGAAGAAGUAGACUAUGAUGUGGACUCCUAUGCUACACAACUCGAAGCUAUUCUUGAGCAAAAAAUAGACAUUUUGACUGAACUGCGCGAUAAAGUGAAAUCUUUUCGUGCAGCUCUACAAGAAGAAGAACAAGCCAGCAAGCAAAUAAACCCGAAGAGACCCCGUGCCCUUUAAAUUGGAAUUUGCUGCUAAAGGACCCAGAACCCUUGCAACUGUACCAUACAGUGGUUCAGCUGAAAGGGCCCUUUGAGAGUUUGAAAUUUCAAAUGUCUGUGGAAAAUGUCUUGUCUUUUACCUGAAUGACAUUUCAAUUUUGUGAAACUUUUUUUUUUUUUUGUCUACAAAAUGCUUCUAGUCCAGGAGAUACAACCAAGAAUUGGGAUUAGUGAAGUAUUUUGUUUCAUUUACCCAAAUAGUGAUUUACUUUUGGAGAUCUUUGCCAAGUUUAUUUUCCAUUUGAUGAAGUAAGUUUGUGGAUGAUCCGGAGGUUGGGGAGUAGAGGGAAGCCACAGCAUUUCCUGUUAACUCGGUCAAUUUCGUAGCGAGUUGAACAGUUUUAAAUACUUUGCGUGCAUGCAUACCUCAUCUGUGAUUGUACAUACCUGACCUAAUUCCUAGAGACAGCUGUGCUCACUUCUUGCUCUGUGCCUUGACCAAGGCUAUUGACCCUAAGUUUCUUAAACACAGCCAAGAUAAAUUACAUUCCUUAUUUGUCAUUGUAAAUUACCUUUAUUGUGUGUACAUUUUUACUGUAUUUGAGACUUUUUGUGUGUGACUUAGUUGAUUUUGCAGGAUGUGCCAUAUCAUUGAACGGAACUAAAGUCUGUGACAGUGGACAUAGCUGCUGAACCAUUCCAUCUUAAAUGUAAAGAAAUCUGGAAUUAUGAUUUUUAAAACCAUAACAUGUGAUCAUAAUUUUCUUAGCAUUUUCUUUGUAAAGAACUAAAAUAUAUACUAGUUGGUGUAUAAUAAAAAGUAAUGAAAUUCUGAGAAGAGUUUUAUCUUAGGAUAAUACAUAUAUAUACUGUGUGUGCCAGUGUGAUGUUAAAACGAUUAAUAGUGCAAUUUGAUCUUUACCAGUACCAUUCUUUAAGUUCAAGUGUUCAUUAGCACCCCCAAAUUUACCUAUUUAAUGUGCUGUUAAAAGGAAAUUGGCUUCUGAUGCAUGAACAUUUAAAUGUACAUUGAAAGUAGUCCGUAAUAGAAGUUAGUUUGAACCAAGUAUAGACACUAUAUAACUCCCUUGAAAAGGAAUUACAAGAAAAAGUUAUGUUGCCUUGAAAGGCAGGUCUCAUCCAAACUACAUCUGGUACCUGAUGUGUGAUGUUUCACCAUUAUCUGUGAGAAUAACUGCAUUCUUACCAGUAGACCGGUAGGCUACUCUUGAAAUGGUAGCACUUAUUUUUACAAACUGCUGAGGAAGAAAACUGGCCAUUCUUCAUGUAAAUAUUUAUGUUUAAAGAUUUAAUAUAUCUCUCUAGGAGUUUUCCUUGGUUCCCAUGAUAAAGUUCAAGAGUAGAUUAAUGACAAAGUCUCCCAAGGAUAUCUUGUUUUUUUAUUUACUCUAAGGAACUACUAGCUCAUUCAUAAACCAAAGGGAAACUAUGAAUAGAGAGUCACAUGAGCCAGAUUCUCUACUUCACUGGUCAAGAACUCAAAGUAGCUGUGAGAAUUCUUAGUACUAUGGUGAAAAGCUCUGUAAACAUGAAAUCUAAAACAAAUGUAGAUUUUUCAUAUGAUUAUUAAUAAAUAAAAUCUAUGGACUGAGUUUACAUAAUAUACUUCAAUACAGUCACCUUUAUUUUGGAAGGAACUCAGGUUUUCUUGUAGUCAAAAGAUAUAUUCUAUUUGUGUUUAUUGCAAAAACAAGAAUGGAGAACUACUGAUCUUACAAAGGCUGUAUGAAAAGAUAAUUUCUUGAGAUUGAUCUUCAAAAGGUAGUGGAAAUUGUUCAUUUUAAGCACAACUGAUUAGCUUUAUUUGUAUUGGAUGGAUACUAUCUUUGGAAGGUGUUUUUAUAGAUGUGCAACGCUGCCUUAAUAGUAUGAUGGAGAUCAGCAGACCAGCUAUUUCAAAAAUUUGUACCAGACAAAAUAUUGAGAGCUAGUAUGAUAUAGUCCUUUAGCUUUACAUAGAUGGGGAAAAUGGAAUUCCAGAAAAGGAACCAACUUAAUAUUUUUAGGGGAAAGGAAAAGAACCUCAGAAGAUGGAAUUGAAUCUUAAAACGAAUCCCAUAAGAUGUGGUUAAUUUACGGAAAAAACAUUCUGUAGUAUUUUCUUAAUUUUGUUAGCUGAUGUGUAUUAAGAAGUAGUUGAGAAUACACAUUAAUUAUAUAGUACCAUUUACUAUGAGUUGGAAGCCAGAUUUCAAAAGCAAAAGAAAGUUGAAGCAAACAAUGUAUCUUCCUUUCUAAAUUUACUCUGUAUACCUUUGCUAAAUGAAUUGGAAAUACCCCUAUAUUAAGCUUUAGGUAUAAAGAAAGUCAUGUGAAGAUAUCACUCAAGAUAUCUUAAUUUUCCUCUAUAAAUGAAAUAGCACAUUCAGCAUGAAGUGCAUAUUUAUUUAAACGCAGUAGCUAAUAAAACUUGAUACUUAUUAAACAAGCAUUAUAUACUGGAAAUUUCAAUUACCCAGAAGUCAUAAAUACCAGAGAACUCCAGUUAUGAAAAAUUGCUGAAAGCAGAGAUUUUGAAACCCAACUGACUUGGUAAAAAAACCUUUUGAAACUUAGCAAGUGAGUGUCUCCCCAAGAAAAGGCAAAUAAUGUCAUUAGUCAACUUCAUUCUAGUUGCGCUUCCUCAUUUUGUAGGUAAGAGAUCAAAAUCAGGGCAUGGUUGGUACUGUACCAUGGCGGCAGGAUCAGGGUUCCCCAGAGCCCCCAAGACAGUCUGAGCUCUAACAGAACCGAUGAAGAGGGAAGCAAUCAAACUAUUGGAUAAUCAGGGAAACAAAUAAGAAAAACAUUAAAAAUUUUUAUUGUACAUGUGAGUAAUAAAUGGUACAGAAAUGUAUGGGUAGUUGAGCCUAUUUUAACUUAAGGGAAUGAGCAGACGGCCUAAAGAGGGACUCAUAGUAAAUAGAAAAUAACAUCUUUAUAUGAUGAAGUGUAAGAAACAUUGAAGGUUGUGCGUAUCUGCGGCUCUUGAACUUGAAACUAAUACGUAGAUUGGAUAUGUGUAGUAUAUGAAACACAAAACCAAAAGAACUUGAUACUAGAACUGAUUACCUUAAAAUAUACAGAAUAAUCAAUGGUACAACAGUGAUUUUAAGUGAAAAACCAGUCAAGCCCAGUGCAGUUCAUUGUAUAGUUUAUAUAUAUAUAUAUACAUGUAACCUUGAAGAAGCUUUCCAAAUAGCUAUGAAAAAUGGAUACCUUCUGAAUUGAAUCCAUGUAGCAAUCUGGAAAAAAGAAAAAGACAAGAGGGGUUGGUAUUGAAAAGCUAAUUUGUGUCACAUAGUGAAGGUUGGGAUGGUUAUAGAGAUUUGUGCUGCCAAUCCUGAUAUAAGACAUGCCAGUUUACUCAAGCUCUCACCUAACACUAAUUAAAUCUAUUCUCCAAAUAAAUCCAAAAGAUAUAUUUUAGCUAAAACCAAGUCAUGUUGGUGUCCCUUUUGUCAUAGCCUACCUAGUGGGCCUGCAUUAUCUUUCAUUAGCCCAGGCCUCAUGCCCAUUGGCAUGUCUGGAAUUUGAGGCAGAAGUUAAAUGAAAAAUCAGUUUUCACAUGCCCAUUUGAGCUAUACUGAGGUUCAAAUACUUGGUUUUUCUUGGUGAAUACCUACUUAUUCAUCUGAACUACUCUGAGAAAAUUCAGUAAGAAUGAAUACUUCCAUUUAGACCUGAGAUUAUUUUCAGGCUGGUUUAUAGGAAGAGGGCCAGAUGAAUUCAAUCUUCUGAAAAAGUGUAAGUUCU